AUGAAGCCGCCCGGGUCGGGCUGGAAGAUACCGUGGGACGGUGCAGUGCGCGACACGCUCGUUGUGGAGUCGAAGGCCGCGGAGGUCAAGCGGGCCUCGGCCGACAAGAUGACGUCGCUCGCAGCAGGGGUCACCCAGGCCGGCGCGGCCGCGAAGGCCGCGCUGGAGCAGGCGAAGGAGGCCGCGGGGGACUACACCUACCCCGAUGGGAUCAAGGCGGCGGAGGCCCUGCUGCAGCCGCACGUGGCCACCCUGAACGAGGCCCUCAAGAGACUGAUGGAGGCACAGCGGGGCGCCCCCGCGGAGGCGGGCAAGCAGAUCGCCCAGCUCGGGUCGUCGCUGCGAGCUCAGCAGAACAGCCUCGGUGCCGAGCUGGCCAAGCUGCGGACCUCGAAGGUCAAGGCCGAGGGGCACGAGAAGCUCCGGGCUGCUGAGGAGAGGGACAACCUCUCUUGGCAGGAGUGGCUCCCCAACAUCACCUCUAAGACGAAUGAGGCUGAGGACGCGGUAGAAAAGGCAGUGAUAACCUCUGAAAUGAUCUCCGCGGGCGGUGACGACAUCGAGGAGGUCAAGCAAGCGGUGUCCCAGACAGAGUCGGCAGCCCAGGAGGCUCAGAAGGCAAUCGGUGAGGCGAAGAUCUACUUGAAUCAGAAGCUUGCCGAGUCCAAGCGCUUCGAGACGCCGAAGAUGAAGCAGCUGGCCGCUUCGGAGCUCGGGAAGCUGAGCAACCAGCUGCAGGAGGCGCAGGGCAAGCUGAACCCUCUGAAGGCCGUGCGGCAGGAGUUCGUGCAGCGCACCCAGGCCCAGAAGAUGGUGCAGGAGGUGCUCGAGAAGCUCUCGCCGGCCGAGGUUGACGUCGACCGCGCCGAGGAGGCGACGGUGAUGCUCACGGCCAGCGCGGACGUCGAUACUGGCCUGAUCCCCAAGGAGGCAGUGAAAAACGCGGAGACGGCGGUGUCCAAAGCUAGCGAGCACGUCGCUGCCGUGAUGUCCUUUAUCGUGCAGAAGAAAAGAACGGCCGCUGGCCUGGCCCGCGACGAGCUCAUGAAGAUGGAGGAGCGCGCGAAGGCGUCGCAGCUCCGCCUGCAGCAGCUCAAGGCUUCGCACAAGGAGGCGGCGGAGAAGUCGACGUGCGAGUCGCUGCUCAGGGAAGCGGGCGAGAAGCUGAAGGUCGUCGUGGAGACCGUGGGCAAGGCGGGAGAGGCCGAGGCUCCCUUCCUGAUGGGCGUCGAGGAGCUGCCACUGGAGGACACCGUGGCCGCCGUGAGGGGCUGCGAGCAGUGCGCAUCGCAGGCGAACACGGCGGUGUCCAUCGCCCGCAUGUUCAUCGCGACGAAGAUGGUCGAGGCGAAGCGGUUCUCCCCGGGCCCUGCCCAGGAGGCGCAGGCCAAGCUCAAGGAGUACCAGGCGGUGCUGGAGACGCACACGAAGAAGCUCUCCGAGUUGAAGAAGGCCACCGCGGAGAGGAAGAGGCUGUCCACCAUGAGAGAGGCGGAGCACGAGGUGCAGAAAGCAGAGGAGCUGGUCAAGAUGAUGGGCGAGGCUGUAUCCGUCUUCCAGGACGAUGGCAAGCUGUUCGAGAUGUCGUCCGACGAGAUCAAGAGCGCCUCCGACGAGACGCUGAAGGCCGAGCAGGCCGCCAACGCAGCUCUGGCCGAAGCGAGGAGGUCCAUCACGGCGAGGCAGAUUGAGGCAAAGGGCAGGGACAUGUCGACCGAGGUGAGCCAGGAGCUCAUCAAGUUCCAGACCAGGCUGAGCUCGGCACAGGGCGACGUGGCCAAAGCGAAGAGGCUCUGCACUGGCGUAGACGCGCGGCUCCAGGCGAAGAAGCACAUCGAGGAGGCGAGGGGAAAGCUCCAGGCGCUACAGGAGAAGGUGGCGGCGCUGGCGCAGAUGGUGGAGGCCCUCGGAGCGGAGAAGCCGCAGCCCGAUGGCGCAGAGGGCGCCGGCGCCGACGCCGCGAAGGAGGCCGAGGAGGACCCGGUGAAGGCCGCGGAGAAGGCCUCGGCGGAGGCCCAGGUCUUGAUGAAGACGACGUCGAGGUACUUGGAAUCGAAGGCCCGAGACCUCAUCAUGAAGGCCGAGGUGGGGAGGCUCCAGCCGGAGCUCAAGGCGGCCCAGGAGAAGUUGGAGUCCACCGUCGCCGCCAUGCAGGCCAAGAGCGAGAAGAUCGCGGUGGACGGACUCAUUCAGGAGUCCACCGAGCGGGUCGCCGGGUGCGAGGGGUGCGUGAGGGAAGUGUCGGACCUGGAGAAGCCGUUCGCGGAGGGAGCAGAAGAGAUGCCAGUGGAGGAAGCCAGCAGCAUGCUGGAGAAGCUCGAGGCCGCAGUGCAGGCUGCUCACACGGCCGUCGGCGGCGCCAAGACGUUCCUCGCCAUGAAGCGGCUCGCUGCCAAGAGGCUCUCCGAGGGCGCCUCGAGGCCCGCCUCCGAGGAGCUGUCGGCCCUCCAGGCCCGUCUCGACGCGGCGGCGAAGCGGCUCACGGAGGCAAAGAAGGGGAUGUCGGAGCGGAAGUUCGCGACGGUGAGGCGGGAGGUGGCCUGGAAGGUGGGCGAGGCGGAGAAGAAGGUGGAGGCAGCCGUGGAGGCGACGAAGGCUCUGUCCGACACCCCAGACAUGGCCCCCGAUCAGAUGAAGAGUUGCUGCGAGAAGGCCGGCAGCACGCAGUCCGCGGCUCACAGUGAGAUCUCGUCGGCCAGGACCUUGCUGCUGAACAGGCAGAAGGACGCAAAGGUCGUGACCGCGGACUCCGCCUUCCUGACCGAGCUCGGCAAGAUGAUGGAAAGGCUGUCGAAGGCGCAAACCGAGCUGGAGAAGCAAAAGGGACUCCUGCGGGACCAAGAGCACCGCUUCGUGGCGACGCGCCUGCUGAAGGACGCCACAGACAUCAUGGACCAGCUGGACAAGAAGCUGAAGGAGGCGCUGGAACUUGCAGCGCCCCUCGCCUCGGACAGGGUCGAGGACUUCGCCGGCUCCGUGUUCCUCCAGCACGCUGUCGACGUCCUAAGAGCUCACAUGAAGACGACGCAGAAGAGUCCGAAGGCGGUGUUCGACGAGAUGAGCGAGGGUGCGGAGCUCGUGGGCGCGGAGCGAUUCUCGUCCUUCCUGGGCGGGCUGCCCGAGGCGGCGGCCCCGGAGGGCGAGGGCCUCUCCGAGGAGCAGCUCGGUGCCGCGUACAGCUGCCUGAAGGGCAAGGAGGAGGGGCUGUCGGAGCGGGCGUUCGUGGACCAUCUCCGCACCAAGUUCAUCUGCGCCUCGGUGGUCUCCAUCACCGACGUGCUGCCGCUGAAGGAGGGCAAGACGGUCCGAAAGCUCGAGCUGAACGAGAUUGUCGAGGCGCUGGAGGAGCCGGUGAAGGAGGAGUCUGUUGGCCUCAUGAGGAUGAAGGUCCGGGCGGAGAAGGACGAAAAGGAGGGCUACGUCACGCUGUCUGGGAAUCAGGGCACCCGGUACUUGGAGCCGUACUCUCCUUUCGCGGCUUGCCAGAAGGUGGUGGAGCUCAGGCUGAAGCAGCUUGCCGACUCGGCCCGGGACGCCGGCAGGGGCGCCGCGGGCGGCGGCCCCACGACAUCUGCAGACUCCCCUCCAGACGGCCCAGAGGAACUCUAUCGGGCCCCAGCGAGCCGAGGGCCUGGUGGCGGACAUAGAGCAGAAGGGCAAAGAGCUCGCGACUGUGCGGACCGGCCCCUUGGCCGAGACCAAGAAUGA